ACAAUUUUUGACAGCCCAACUAUGAUAAAUUGUCGCUUUCGUGCACGAAUUUAUUUUGUUAUUUGAUUUUCGUAAUUUGCGCUUUUAGAUUAAUAUAAACAAAAUUUUAGUUGAUCAGUGUGAAUCCAAUUAAAUUUAGCUGAACUUCCGGCACAAAAAUAGGAGGAUACAUCUGGAUGCCAGUCAUGGAGAUCAGCAUAAAAUGGAACAUUUGUCGCAUUUGUUUGGCAGAGGAAGGGCAAAAUCAUGGCGCAAAAUAUAUUUUGAUUGAUUCUAAAAUAGUCAAACAAAUUUAUGAUAUUACUCGAGUGCAGAUGGAGACAAGCGACAACUUGCCAGAUAAGAUUUGCCGUAAAUGCUUGCUUCUACUAAAAUAUGCAUACCAUUUUAGAACAACCUGUCGUAAUUCGGAAGAGUACUUGCAGUCCGUUAUUCAAAAGACUAAAUCAGCCACAUCCAUGUUAAAAAUGGAUAAACAACGAGAACGUUCAGUGGAAUUACUGGAAGAAAUAUUUCACGAGGAUGUGGAAUUUAUUUCGUUAAAUGAUCACCGAGAUCCAGUAGUGGAGGAGUAUUUUGAUACGAAAGAGGAAAAUGUACCGAGUCCAUUGACAUUACCGGAAAAGAUAGGUGAUAGUAGAGACAGUACUAAAACCAAUGUAACAAAUACUAUUCCCAGUACGUCGAUAGUAUUAAAAAAGCAAGAAUACCAUGAAAACGAUAGAGUUACACAAAACAUGAGUUAUGAAACAAACAAUCAUGAUAAAAUAAUGCUUGAUAACAAUAUCGAUACGAAUACAUCUGAGAGAGAUAUUAGUAAGACACAUAAAGAACCGACUUCAAACCAGAAGUUUGUAGAUCAAGACGAUGAAGAAGUUGAAAUGGAUGUUAUCUAUAAUAAUAGAAAAACAAAUUAUAAACAGAGACAUUUUCAAAGAUCAAACAGAAAACUGAGUAAAACACAAAUAGAUUCAAAUUGUUCAGAACAGGUACUGACAGAUCAGAAUUACGAGGGAAAAGAACUGGCUGACGUUGAUGCCAGUAAGACAAAUUCAAAACAAAACCCUUUACGUUUACAUAAAUAUAAUACUGAAGGUAGUGUGGAUGCUUUUGAUUAUGCUGAUGAUAAUAAAAUCACAGACGAGGAUAUAAACGAUGAUAAUAAUGAAUACAAUUCAAAUAAUGAAACUAAAGAAGAUGAAAUAGAUAAUGACGUAGUGGAUACCGAAAUUAGAUUAGAUAAACUAAAGACAAACAACAGUUCACCUGCACAUGAACCCGAAAUAAAGGUACAGACAGAAGAUGAGGAGCUGUACUACUUAAUCGAAGAUCCCGCUACUAAAACAGAGGAAUCAUCGAAUUCUCAAAUUGAAGAUAUUGAACUAGAAGCGGAUGCAGAUGAUUCCAUUCAAUUAAUAGAUAAUUACGCAGAAGCAGAAGCUGAUGGUAGUGUAGAAGACGAGGAACCUGAAUACGAAGACUCGGAAACACAAAAAUCUGUGGUACAUGUAGAAGAAUAUCUAAUAGAUGAAAUCGAUAAUGAAUCGGUGCCACAACACGAAAUGGAAUUAAAUGAAGAUCAAUUAACAAAACGACCCAGUUCAACGACUAUCAAAAUCAGAGAUCGAGCUUCUCCACAUAUGCGUAGAAAAGGGAAUGAUUCGUAUAUUUAUUCAUGUGACGUUUGUGGUAACCAUUUCACCAGCCGAAGCCUUAGAAAUUAUCACAUGAGAAUACACCGUAAGGAAAGAAAUUUCGAGUGCGAGCUGUGCUUUAAGCGCUUUACAGCGGCGUGCAAUCUAACGGCGCAUAUGCGCAUACACACCGGGGAAAAGCCGUACGAAUGUAAAUAUUGCUUGCGCAGAUUUACGGACCGAAGUACGCAUGUCAAACACGAACGGGUACACACAAAUGAAAAACCUUUCCAAUGCAACAUCUGUGGCAAAUCAUUCGCCUUAUCCACCACGCUUCGCACGCACGAGAAAGUGCACACAAAUGAAAAGCCCUUCAAAUGCGAGCCCUGUGAAAAAUCAUUCAAAUUACCCCACCAGUUGAAAUCUCACCAGCUCACUAACCAACAUAAAAACAUUGUAACAGCUUUGGGGCUGGAGAAUUAUAACUAAAUAAAGUAAUUAGUUAUAGCU